CUCUCCAGAAUCAGUGUUACAUACAGCAGAGAAAGUGAAACUGAACACAGCGCAUUGCUCAUUUUAAAUACUACAUUAAAUUUGCAGAUAGAAAAUGAGGUUCGAAGUUUUUAUUAGAAACGAGAGAGGACAGACAAGAACAGUAUGUGUGGAUUCAAAGGAGGAACUGAAGAACAUGACUGUUGAAGAGCUCAGAAGAAGAUCAUUUCCCAAAGAAAACACGGUGCAGAUAUUAAUCUACAACGGCAGACAACUGGAAGAUGAUCAGACACUUGGUUCUUAUAACAUAAUAACUGGAUCUACUAUAUAUGCAUGUCUUCAUCUACGAGGUGGUGGAGCAGAAGAAGAGUUCAAGAGCAGCACUGAAGAGACAGAAAGAAAACUCGUUCCUGAAGAUGAAGAAGAAAUAAAACUCAUUCCUGAAGAUGAAGAAAGAAAACUCGUUUCUGAAGAUGAAGAAGAAAUAAAACUCAUUCCUGAAGAUGAAGAAGAAAGAAAACUCAUCCCCAAAGAUGAGGAAGUGUCCAAGAACAGCACAGCUGAAGAGACAGAAAGAAAACUCGUUCCCGAAGACAAAGAUGGUGACAAAUCUUACGAGUCUGAAAUUGCCCCACCAUGGCAGAAAGAUCAUCUGGGCUGUUUUUCUUCAACAGUUAGACCACAUACAUUUCGCUGUGGUAGGAAGCGAAAAUUUGAAUCUUUGAGCUCAGAUGAUAUUAUUUCAAUAUACCCUCAUCUUGGAUAUAAAGAUGAUGAUGAAGAAAAGGAAAUAUCCAGGACUCAGUCUAUGGAAAACUUGACUCUAAUGAAUAAGAAUCCUCUCCAGCAGUGAUGUGUUUUGAGGUUCAGUGCUUUUCAGUUCAAUACUCCACAUCAAUACAUUCAUACUGUGGGUAAAAAUUUGAUAAUAAAACAAAUACAGUAUACAGUAAUCCAGACAAACGUAAGCUGCGCUCUACCUAGCUGCUAGUUUAGUAACUGUUAGUGCUAACAACCAUUCACACAUGGACUCUAACAAUGUGUUUCAAAAGUGUAGUUAGAAGCUGUCCACCCUCCCGUUUUUUU